AUGGCUGAUAUACUAGAAAAAGUCAUGUCCCAUAAGAAAGCUGCUUCGGUGGCUACAGGGCGUGAAUCGAAGCCGCAGGCUGGGGAUACGGAGCUGCUGGCAACUUUGGGAUAUAAGCAGGAAUUGCGACGCCAUUACUCAACCCUUCAGAUUUUUGCUGUUGCGUUUAGUAUCAUGGGUUUGUUGCCUUCUAUUGCUUCGACUUUGUCGUUUUCAAUGCCGGCUGGUCCGGUUGGUAUGGUUUGGGGUAUGCAAUUCUUCAUCAGGAAAUCGCCCAGAGCUGACGAUAUUUCAAAGGCCGAUAUGGCAUCUGCAAUGCCUACCGCCGGAGGACUCUACUUCUGGACGCACUACUACGCAGCGAAGAAAUGGAAGAACCCACUCAGUUUCCUAGUGGGAUAUAGCAACACUCUCGGGUUAGUAGGAGGAAUUUGCUCCAUCGAUUACGGAUUCGCGAACAUGCUCCUCUCAAUGAUCUCCAUCGCCCGAGACGGCAACUGGACAGCUUCGAGAUCAGUCAUCUACGGCACAUAUGUGGCAACAGUCGCCGCACACGGUUUUAUCGCCAUCUUCUUUGGGCGAGUAAUGCCCAAGAUCCAGACGCUGUGUAUCUUCCUCAACAUCGCUCUAGUCGUCGCUACCUUUAUCGCUCUGCCGAUUGGAAAGUCGCAGAACAGUCCGCCUGUGAAUUCCGGCUCCUAUGUCUUCGGUGAUAUCGAGAAUUACACUACAUGGCCCACUGGUUGGGCCUUUAUGUUGGCAUGGCUGUCCCCUAUCUGGACUAUCGGCGCAUUUGAUUCUUGCGUGCAUAUGAGCGAAGAAGCAACUCAUGCUUCCCGUGCUGUACCACUGGGCAUCAUUAGUUCAUCUGGUCUGUGUGGUAUCCUUGGGUUUGUUUCUCUGGCCGUGAUUGCUUCUUCGAUGAGUAAGGAUAUCGAGGGCAUCCUGGGCUCGAAGUUUGGUCAGCCCAUGGCUCAGAUCUACUAUGACGCCCUCGGCAAAAACGGCGCUCUUGGGUUCAUGGCUGUGAACAUGAUCGUUCAAUUCUUUAUGGGUCUUAGUAUCGUCCUAGCCGCGUCUCGCCAAAGCUGGGCCUUCUCCCGUGACGGCGCCCUCCCCUUCUCCAACUACUUCCGAAAAGUGAGCCAGCACCGCCUCAUGCGCUAUCAGCCCGUUCGCAUGGUCUGCGGCGUUGUCGCCGCAUCUAUCAUCAUCGGCCUUCUCUCCCUGAUCGACCAGGCCGCCGCAAACGCUCUGUUCUCUCUUGCCGUAGCUGGCAACGACCUCGCCUGGCUAACGCCUAUUCUCUGCCGCUUACUUUGGGGCAACGAGAGCUUUGUUCCCGGUGAAUUCUAUACCGGCAAAUAUUUCAGCAAGCCUAUCGGCUGGGUUGCGGUUAUUUAUAUGGUGUUUGCUAUUGUGCUUUGCAUGAUUCCUACUGAGGGGCCUAAUCCUUCGGCUUCGUCUAUGAAUUAUACGGUUGUUAUUAAUGGGUCGCUUUGGGGUUUGGCGUUGCUUUACUACUAUAUUUAUGCUAGGAAGACCUACAAGGGCCCGCAGACUACUGUUAGUCCUGAGGAUGAGGGUAUGGCUACCCAUGUAGACAUGGAUACAAAGUAG